UUUCCAAAAAAAUUUUAUAUUAAACCUGUGAUUACCGAUGGCAGCCAGCAAACUGGGUUUGCGGAAAAACCAUCUAUAUCGCCUAACCAAUUGGUUAAUAUCCAAACGACUCUACUACGAAAUACGGCCGCGCUCACAAGUGAAACUGUUCGCCCCAAAUCCCGAUAAAAAAAUCCCCGUUCCGAAAAAGCGUCGAUUCCCUCAAGGCACUGUUUUGGCCGGCCAAACUGUACCGAGACGGAACAAGUUGGGCAUCCAAAUGCUCUCCAAGCCCAUCUACGACCAGGUGUUUUUGGAAGGGUUUAAGGAUGAUUCCAACGAUGAUAUUGUGCGGGCCUGCCGGCAGGAACUGCAGAAACACCAAAUAAAGUGCGAAGACACCGAUCUGCAAGAGGAGGUUGACUUCCAAGUGCCGCCGCUCAAGGGCAAGAACAUUGAGGAGCAUUUUUUGAACAUCGGCAAUGAACACGUGCAGCCUUACAAAGCCCUGCUUGAUCAGCUGUUGAGUGGAAUUCCCAAGCAGCCUGGCACGUGGCUGAUGCAGGAGGGCUGGACGCGAUACGCGAUUGGACAGGAGCCGGAGAAAGUGGCUUUUCCCUGGGAAGAUGCGUUGGUGUUCGACGUGGAAGUGUGCAUGAAAGUGGGCAAAGCCCCAACUCUGGCCACAGCGGUGUCGGACAAGGCCUGGUAUGGCUGGGUGAGCCCUACACUGGUUAAUGGGGCUUAUGCGCCCAACACCGGUUACCAGUAUCAACUACAUAGUCUCAUCCCAUUGGAAAGCACUGAGGUGCAAACUGAAGCCGAUUUAAGCGAAAAUCAGCUGAGGCCUAAGGUGAUUGUAGGACACAACGUGUCCUAUGAUAGAGCCCGAAUUAAGGAGCAAUAUUGGCUAAAACGGACUGGAACGCGGUUUCUAGACACUAUGAGCAUGCACGUGUGUGUGAGUGGACUGACUAGCUACCAAAGGGCCGUCACUAAGUCAGCCAAUUUUACUGAAGACGACGACUCCUGGAAGAACAACUGCUCGCUAAACAACCUGGCGGAUGUACACAAUCUCUACUGCGGAACCAAGUUGAACAAAGAAAUCCGAAAUCUCUUCGUCGAUGGCAAUCUUAUAGAAAUCCAAGAGUCCUUCCAAACCGUGAUGAAGUACUGCGCCGGGGACAUCAAUGCCACUUACGACGUCCUCAAAGCCCUCUACCCGAUGUUCCUCAAGCGCUUUCCUCAUCCAGUAACUCUGGCUGGAAUGCUCGAACUGGGCAGCGCCUAUCUGCCAAUCAACCAACACUGGAAUCGCUACAUCACCGAUGCGGAAUACGCGUUCGAAGACCUGGAGAAAGAGAGCAAAAUCCUGCUAGCCAGACGAUCUGACCAGGCCUGCCAACUCAUGCACGACUCCAAGUACCAGAAGGACCUCUGGCUUUGGGAUGAGGACUGGGAUUCCAAAGAAAUCAAGAUUAAAAUCGCCCCAAAGGGCAAAAGUCAGAAGGAAACGAUCACAACUGAACCCCAGAACAAGGAUGAAAACGAUGAAGUCGAUGAGUUGGCGGAAAAGUUCAAGAAUCUGUGGAAAACGGCGGAACUGUUGCCGAAAGUCAGGCCUUUGCUCCCAGGAUAUCCCAAUUGGUACCGAAAACUAUGCACCAAGCCAGAUUCGUCCCCCAAUUGGGUGCCCGGGCCCCAUUUACUGAGCACUUCAAUGAAAAUCACCCCAAAGUUGCUGUCGCUCACCUGGGAAGGCUACCCGUUGCACUAUCUGCGAGACAAGGGAUGGGGCUUUCUAGUGCCCUUUUCCGACGAUGUGGAUCUGGAGAGGCAACUGCCGCUCAAGGAGCUGCUGGCAAAAUGCCCCCUAUUGACCGACAAAGCUCGCAUCGGGGACAGCAGCCAAGCUAUGUCCGACCUAACCAAAAAUGUCGAUGACUAUUUAAUGAAAAAGGAGUUUUACUCGCGAGUGAAGAAGGACCAAACUGGAGGACUGUAUAAAGGGUCCGGUAUAUGGUGCAAUACAGAAAUCGAGGAGUGCUGCUGGUUCUUCAAGCUGCCCCAUAAGGAUGGCGCCGCUUACAACGUCGGCAAUCCAUUGGCCAAGGAUUUUCUGAACAAAUUCUCCGAGAAUGUAUUGGCUAGCGAUAGCGCCCAUGCUGAAGAGGUGCUCACCAUUGCCAGGAAACUCUCCUAUUGGCGCAACAAUAGAAAUCGCAUUUUGGAACAGAUGAUUGGGUGGCUGCCCGAGGAACAUUUACCGAAGGAAUUACGAAAUGCCGGAAUCACAUUGGGAGCGAUAAUUCCCCAAGUGGUGGUAUGUGGAACGCUAACGCGACGUGCAAUGGAGCCCACAUGGAUGACCGCAUCCAACGCCCACCCUGAAAGAAUCGGCAGCGAGCUGAAAGCGAUGGUUCAGGCCCCGCCUGGCUACAGCAUAGUGGGCGCCGAUGUGGAUUCGCAGGAGCUCUGGAUAGCCAGCCUUCUAGGUGAUGCGGACCAUGCGAAAACGCAUGGCGCAACCCCUUUGGGUUGGAUGACGCUUUCUGGGUCCAAAGAGAAGAAAACCGACAUGCACAGCGUAACAGCGGAAGCGGUGGGCAUUUCCAGAGACCACGCCAAAGUGAUUAACUAUGCGAGAAUUUACGGGGCUGGGCAGCAGUUUGCUGAGCGCCUGCUGCGCCAGUUCAAUCCGGCUAUAAGCGAGUCGGAGGCGCGAAGCAAAGCUCAGAAGAUGUUCACUCUGACCAAGGGCAAAAAAAUAUACUUUCUCAGGCCCGGUUAUGCGCUGGACUUUCCUGAUGUCGCCUACGGCAAGUGGCAAGCAUUUGAGCUGGCCAAGGCCUGCAAAAAAACCGUGGGCCAAAUGUUCCACCAGUCCAAGUGGGUGGGCGGCACUGAAUCGGCGAUGUUCAAUCGUCUGGAGCAAAUCGCCACUAGCGAAGCCCCUGAAACCCCCUUUCUGGGCGGGCGUCUCACCCGAGCCUUGGAACCCACUACUUCAGGCGAAGACCGAUUCAUGACCACCAAAGUAAACUGGGUUGUUCAAUCAGGCGCUGUGGACUUUCUGCACCUGCUGCUCACCUGCAUGAAGUGGAUAAUGGGCGACAAAGUGCGGUUUUGCAUCAGUUUCCACGACGAAGUGCGCUACAUUGUACCGGAUCGCUACAAGUAUCAGGCCGCCCUCGCUUUGCAUGUGGCCAAUUUGUUGACUAGGAGCUUUUGCGCCUACAGGCUGGGCAUCCACGACUUGCCCCAAUCGGUUGCCUUUUUCUCCAGCGUGGAAGUGGAUUCGGUUCUACGAAAAAACUCGGACGACGACAGUCGCACCCCCAGCAAUCCCCAUGGUUUGCAAAGGGGCUACGGCAUCCCCAAUGGGGAGGCUUUGGAUAUUCAUCAGGCCAUCCAAAAGGCCAAGGGCCAGUUUACGUGCUGGUACAACAAAACGCGAUAACUCGUUGUUUUUUCUGGUUUAAUGUUAUUAGAGUUUAAAUAAUAAACGCUGUUUCAUUGAUAAAAA